AUGACCCUCUCCUUACCACAAGGAACACCUUCGGUGGGCCUGCCCCCUCUGAACGUCACUUGUUCUAAGCCGCACUUUGCUUUGAACUUCGCAGCCUGGCAGCCGUUUCGAAUGUGGUCUGCCGGCCCACGGACCAGCAGACCACCGCGUGAAUUUACUCAAGAGCUCUCGGGAGGCUUUCAGCUCAAGAGAGGUGUCCCCCAUGAGAGGAGGGACGAAACAUUUUCACCUGCUCUCAAGCAAGCCAACUGGAGGGAAAUUGUCAACAAAAAGCUCAAGUUUCCCGCUUCCCUCAUCAACGCCAUCCAUGAUGGAAACCUCAUUCAGGUCCAGCAGCUUCUGCAGGUCAGCGAUGGAAUCCUACGUCAGCUGGAUGAUAGUGAGGACAGGUCAUGGAGGGAGGCCCUCAACUUGGCCAUCCGGACAGGCAAUGAGGAGGUCAUGAAGACCCUGCUGCACUGCGUGAAGUUUGACUUCCGCCAGAUCCACGAAGCUCUGCUGGUAGCUGUGGACACCAACCAGCCACACGUGGUUAAGAUGUUACUGGACCGGCUAGACCGGGAGAAAGGGAUUAAAAUGGACAUCAAGUCGUUUUCAUUGGCUUUCUUCGACAAUUCCAUUGACAAUUCUCGUUUUGCCCCCGGGGUGACUCCGCUCACCUUGGCCUGCGAGAAGGACCUCUAUGAGAUCGUAGAGAUGUUGAUGAAGAAAGGUCACGUGAUCACAACCCCUCACAAGAUCUCUUGCGCCUGCUUGGAAUGUAGCAAUGGACGCAAGUACGAUCUCCUCAAGUUCUCGCUGUCCCGCAUCAAUACAUACAAGGGCAUCGCCAGCAGAGCUUACCUUUCCAUAGCCAGCGAGGACGCCAUGCUGCGCGCUUUCAAGCUAAGCAGAGAAAUAAAGCGCCUGUCGAGGAAGGAGCCCGAGUUCAAGCCGGAAUACCUGAGUUUGGAGGACCUGUGUCAGGAGUUUGCGGUGGAGCUGCUGGGCAUGUGCCGAAACCAAAGCGAAGUCACCGCCGUGCUCAAUGACUGCGGGGACGACAGCGACGAGGAGCAGAUGGACAAUCAAGCCUUCGAGGAGGGGAUCCCGAACCUGGCCAGGCUUCGCUUAGCCGUGCAUCACAACCAGAAGAGGUUUGUGGCUCAUCCCAUUUGCCAGCAAGUCCUGUCCUCGAUCUGGAGCGGGAAGCUGUCGGGCUGGCGGGGCAGCAACACCAUUUGGAAACUGUUCAUUGCCUGCGCCAUAUUUUUCACCAUGCCUCUCUUGUGUCUUGUGUAUUGGCUGGCUCCAAAGUCCAAGGUUGGCAAAAUCCUGAAGAUCCCGGUAAUAAAAUUCCUUCUUCAUUCCGCCUCUUACUUGUGGUUCCUCGUCCUCCUAUUGGUGGAGUCCUUGAUAAUGGAGAGGAGGCACGAUAUAUAUGAGGGCAGGAACCAAGCCAUUUGGCAGAACUCCUUACACAUGAUCUGGGUGGCAGGGUUCCUUUGGCACGAAUGUAAAGAGGUCUGGAUUGAAGGUUUGAGGAGCUAUUUCUUGGACUGGUGGAACUUCUUGGACAUCGUCACGAUCAGCAUGUACCUGGCCUCGUUCUCUCUGAGGAUCCUGGUGACCGUGAAGGGCUACACGACCUGCAUGGAUGAUCCAGACUCCCCCAUCUGCUUUUACUUCACCAAGGCAGAGAGGGAGGAAUGGAACAUGGAGGAUCCCCAGUUCAUUGCCGAGGUUCUGUUUGCCGUGACCAGUAUGCUGAGUUUCACUCGCUUGGCUUAUAUCCUGCCUGCCCACGAGACCCUGGGAACCCUGCAGAUAUCCAUUGGGAAAAUGAUCGACGAUAUGAUAAGGUUUAUGUUCAUCCUGAUGAUAAUUCUCACUGCUUUUCUGUGUGGACUCAACAACAUCUAUGUGAACUACAGCGAAUCAGACAAGCUCGGCAACUUUAAUGAAACCUUCCAGUUCCUCUUCUGGACCAUGUUUCAGAUGGUGGAAAGAACGACGGUUGACAUGAAUCACUUUGUGGUGGCUGAGUUUGUUGGCCGUGCUCUAUACGGACUGUUCACCAUAGUCAUGGUCAUUGUCCUGCUCAACAUGCUUAUCGCUAUGAUCACCAACUCCUUCCAGAAGAUCGAGGACGACGCAGACGUGGAAUGGAAAUUCGCUCGCUCCAAACUUUACCUUUCAUAUUUUCGAGAAGGGCUGACUCUCCCUGUUCCUUUCAAUAUCAUCCCCACUCCCAAAGCUCUCUUUUAUGUCAUCAGAGCCAUUUUCAAAUUCCUGUGCUGCUACAAGCCCAAGAAAAAACCGGAAUACCCUCCAAUCUCUACAAUCUCUAACAGGAACGGCGGAUGCAGCGAUUUACAAGGAGAAAGCCGAGCCUCGUAUCGUCUACAGGUGAUCAGAGCUCUGGUCCAGAGAUACAUCGACACCGCCAGGAGGGAGUUUGAGGAGAGCCGACGAAAAGAUCUGGGGAACCGAAUAACAGAACUUAACAAAAACGUUAUCCGUCUCCAAUCCGAGGUGAAGCAUCUACGGCGCUCCAUUGGGGAAUGCGGGGUCCCUGGCAGCCCCAAAGAAAACGAGAACGUGCUGAGCCACUACAUAAUGAAAGUGAAGAGCGGCUUCCGAAGUUACGACCAGGAGUCCGUCAGCAACGAGUCCUCAGAGGUGAUGGUUCAUCAGGGCUUUGAUAGGAAGCUUGUGCCAGAAGACGACUGCCCACCAUAUCCCGAUGAGGUGUCUUUAAGCAAUCAGAUGGCCGGACAGGAGGAUGCUAAGCAAUUAGAAGAGGGGGAAGAUAAUUGAGUGCGGGAAGCUGAUAAAAUUCAACAACUU